ACGUCUUGAGCGUAAAGCUCGUCGUGUUUUUUUUUAGAAAAUCUUGAAUUCUUUCGACACAACGCCAUGUAAAUAGUAAGAAAUCAAUUAUUACAAUAAUCAAGUUAUUUUAAAGUUUUAUAAUAUAAUGCCCCGUCAUCCACUGUAACGUCGGGUUGUUUUAAAAAUGUCUAGUUUAUCGUCAUCAUCAAAGAAUCACUCUAGGAAACAGAACAGUAAUCGUGAUCGUGACCGAAACAAGUCUGUAGCGUCCGAGUCCGGAGGGUCCAGCCAGUGUGACACACCUCCACUCGUUGAAAAGGAUGGAGCACCAGCUCAGGGCAAAUUUGCAGGUGUUGGACCUGACUCAAUACUGUGCAUGGCUGAGCAGGUUGGAGCAGAUCUUAAUGCAGAAGCGGCUACCAAUCUUGCUGAGGAUGUCAGCUAUAAACUUAGACAGACCAUUAGUACAAUUGCAUUACACAGUGAGAUGAUGAAGAAGUCUUGUGUGGACGGAUGGGAUGUGAACAAAGUGCUUACUCUGUCUGAUACGAGUCCAGUGGUUGGUGCCUCUGCAGCGCUUUAUGCGCCUGUUGGUGAUGAGAAAAUAUGCUGUGAAAUAGAAUCGGUAAUUAAUGUAGCGGAAUAUGCAAUGACAACGCAGAGUUAUGUAUACUCAACUUUGCCGACCGUCUCAGUAGAAUGGAUAACUGAUGAUAAAAACUUAACAAAUAAUAACAACAUCAGUGCCAGUUUACAGGUCUAUUUUACUAAAAUAGCUAGAGCAAUAUUAAGCCUAAAGAAGAAUAUCAGGCAAGUAGCAGUGGAUGACCUGGCGCGGAACACUCGCAUCGGGCCCAUAAUCCCGAAUCUCUUCAAUUUAGUUGUGCUGGUGCUUAACGAUGACAACCUGAACGCAUUGAAUGUUCCAACUAAGAGGCCGUUACAAUCAAACGUUUUGGACAUGGUCGACGCGUUAUGCUCAAAUCCUUGCAGCCUGGACACUAAUAUACAACAGCAGUUUCAAAGGCUUUUUCCGGUGAUGGUUUCGAAUAUAUUAGGUAAUGGUGUGUUAGCUGAGAAAAUGGUAGCUCUCUUAACAAAGAUAACCCGUACCUGGCCACAAUUCAUCACUGUUGGUAAAGGUAUUCUCUUCGAUUAUCUAUCUCAGGGCACCAAAGAACGUCUCUCACCACCUAUGAUGCGUUGUUUGACCGCACUAGGUCGAUGCGCAAUAGUCGAGUGCCUAGGAGAUAGCCUGGACUAUAUCGAUGACUAUAUCCAUACAUCCCGACGGGGGAACGCUUCGGAGUUGAGGCAGACUAUACUGGACGCGUCAACGUGUCUCCUAAGGUCUGAACCGACUACGUUUUUAGAAGACUACGUCAUGACAGAUUAUAGCAUGUAUGAAAUUUUGGGCGACUCGGUUCUACCUAGGAGGACUUUGUUUCCUGUUCAAGGAAAACCGCCAAGCGAUACAAACGUUUCAGAGAAGACUUCGGAAGAUGACUUCGGUUAUUCCUCACUCAGGCCUGUGUUGAGGCGGCCCAAAGUUAGACUCAUAUCACACAGAAAAACUAACACCAGUAUACACAGAGACGCUGUUUUCGAGCCGACGAAAUUUACUCUAAAAAAGAAACCUAUUACUUUAAGAAUAAAGAACUGCCGUAACAGAGAUAUUUGUAAGAGAAAUCACGACCGGACUAUAUGCAGUGUUCAUACAAGUAGGAUAAAUGGUGUCAUCGUAGCGAGUGGACUAUUGAAUAGGUUUAGGUAUAGAAUAAGCAACACUAACGACUUUCCAAUAUUUGGAGCUUUAAUACUGUGAAACUAUUUUUCAAUGAGAGUAAAUACCUGAUUAUUGUAAUUUAUUAUUUUUA